UGUCAUAUUUUUUUAGUCUAGAAAUGAAACUGGAUGAGCCAUGCCCCUGGUAAUAUGCAGAAGAAGGUGUGGAAGAAGCCCCAGAGUGGGAGGAGAGCUCAGCAAGAAGAGAAUUAGCAGAGCGAGCAGGAGUUCUGACAGCCCUGUGCUCAUUUCCACCAUGGGCCUCAGCUUCUCAUCCGUUACCUCUUCUCAGUUUCCUACUUGGGAAGCGGGAAAGCUGGAAUGAGGCUGGUGGUAGGAGAUGAAGGGGCCGAUUAGGAGACAAAGGAACAUUUGAUGAUGAAGGGCUGCCUCGGGAUGAAACUUCAAGCUACUCGGAGGGCUGAAAGAGCCGCUGGAACAAUGAGGGUGGAGGAGAGCAAACAAUCAAGGUUACCAUAGUCCGAAGAAGGAAUAAGGGGACCUUUGCCCAGACUGCAGGGCUAAAGGAAGAUGCAGCAGGAGUUGGCGAGAGACUGGAGGUAGUAAGUAAAGAAGAGGAGUCAGCGAUCAUCCUAACAUUUUUUCUAGCAUGGACGACCACAAAAUUGGUAGCCAUGGGUCUGUUUUGUGAGGGAUUGACUUCCAGAAAGAAAGCUGCUUUGCAUGUGUAAAAUGUAAACCAGAUGCUCUGUGUAAUAUAUGCAAGGACCCUGCACGUAGCCUGAUCUGAAGGGGGAAGCUCCGACACCACAAAGGAGUCUCGCCCUCUACAUGUUGUGCUGGGAAAUGAAGCCUGUGACUUGGAUUCCAUGGUGUCUGCUCUCGCCCUGGCUUUUUACAUGGCAAAGACAACUGAGGCCGAAGAAGUCUUUGUGCCAGUUUUAAAUAUAAAACGUUCUGAGCUACCUCUGCGAGGUGACAACAUCUUCUUUCUUCAGAAGGUUCAUAUUCCAGAGACCUUCUUGAUUUUUCGGGAUGAGAUUGACCUCCACACAUUGCACCAAGCUGGCCAACUCUCCCUCAUCCUUGUCGACCAUCAUGUCUUACCCAAAGGUGACGCAGUCCUAGAAGAGGCAGUCACGGAGGUGCUAGACCAUCGGCCCAUUGAGCAGAAACAUUGCCCUCCUUGCCAUGUUUCAGUUGAGCUGGUGGGGUCCUGCGCUACGCUGGUGACGGAGAGAAUCCUGCAGGGGGCACCAGAGAUCCUGGACAGGCAGACUGCAGCCCUUCUACAUGGAACCAUCAUCCUGGACUGUGUCAAUAUGGACCUUAAAAUUGGAAAGGCAACCCCAAAGGACAAAACCUAUGUGGAGAAACUGGAGGCCCUUUUCCCAGAUCUGCCUAAGAGAAGCGAUAUCUUUGAUUCCCUGCAAAAGGCGAAGUUUGAUGUCUCAGGAUUGACCACCGAGCAGAUGCUGAGAAAGGACCAGAAGGUCAUCUAUAGACAAGGCACCAAGGUGGCCAUUAGUGCAAUAUAUAUGGAUUUGGAGGCGUUUUUGCAGAGGUCUGACCUCCUCACAGAUCUCCAUGCCUUCUGCCAGGCUCACGGCUGUGACGUCCUGGUUGCUAUGACUAUCUUCUUCAACGCUCACAAUGAGCCGGUCCGGCAGCUGGCUAUUUUCUGUCCCCAUGAAGCACUCCGAAUGAUGAUCUGUGGAGUCCUGGAACGCUCUGACUCUCCGUGCCUGAAGCUGACGCCCGUCCCAAGCACCCACCCUCACCUCCAAGCCUACCUUCAAGGCAACACCCAGGUCUCUCGGAAGAAGCUGUUGCCUCUGCUCCAGGAAGCCCUGUCAGCGUAUUUUGACUCCUCGACGGUCUCCCCCGGGCAGCCUGAGACAGCGGGCGUGUCCAGGGAACAGGUAGACAAGGAAGCGGACAGGGCAGGGAACUCCCUGACUCCAGCCCUGAGCCAGGAUGAGGAGGACCCUCCGCUGCCCCCCACGCCCAUGAACAGCUUGGUGGAUGAGUGCCCUCUGGACCAGGGGCUGCCCAAGCUCUCAGCCGAGGCCGUCUUUGAGAAGUGCAGUCAGAUCUCGCUGUCACAAUCGACCGCUGCCUCCCUGUCAAAGAAGUGACUGUCGGGAGGGCAGGGUGGUGGGAGAGGCUGCCUGACCCGC